AAAUUAUUUUUACUUACCAGGCGGACUCUGGUUUUUAGUGUUUCUUGUUAAAAAAAGGUUGUAACAUUGCAGAUUUUGACUAGAGUAUGGUAAAUUUCAACUCAGCUAAACAAAUUAAAUUUUCCGCCAAUUUUGAUAAAGAAAUAGCUUCUGAUGUGACAGAGUUACCCAGCAUUUACAGUGGUGUAAGCAGGUGGAAGCCUGGUAGAGAAUCUAAGUGUUGUGCCUUUUCAUCCGAUGGCUCCAAAUUUGCUUGGUGCAAUGGACAUGGUUUCGUCAAAGUUGUUAAAUGUAACAGCGGGGAAGAUAUAACUACUGAAGAGAUCACAAGCAGAGGAGAUUCUGCAAAUGUAAGACUGCUAGAUUGUGGUAAAAAUGUUGUCUCUAUGGAGUUUGCACCAAAACUGCCAUUGUUUCAAAGUAAAGUUAAUUCAACUUCAUUGCUUGCUAUUGGUUUGGAGCGAGGCUCAAUAAAAAUAUGGAACGUAGAUACAGGUGACAUGGUGUACACACUAGCAGACCAUACGCAGUCUGUCACUGGUUUGACAUUUGCAACAAAAGGUGAACCUCUCAUGAUUUCUUGUUCUGAGGAUUUCACCAUGAAGGUUUGGGAUUUGGGUGAAGAUGGUAACAUGUCGUUGACAAUUAAAGGUCACAACUCCCCUAUACACUACUUAGCAUUGUCACCGAAUGACCCUUCCAUACUUGCAUCUGUGGGCAUGGGAAAAGCUGUAUAUUUGUGGAAACUACCUCAUAAACGCACGUAUAAGAAACUACGUUUGUUACGAGGUCACAACAAUGACGUUGUUUCCUGCUCAUGGUCACCAGAUGGUGCUCUUCUUGCAACUGCCUCACAUGACACAACUGUCAUUGUAUGGGAGCCGUUUUCUGGAGAUCAAAUCUUAGUCUUAGGGCAUUUGUUUCCAAUGCCUUCCCCUAUAUAUGUGGGGGGAUCUAAUGGAGCUUGGGUCAAAAGUGUUUGCUUUUCUAAAGAUGGGACAAAGAUUGCUACAGUAUGUGAAGACAAUAGGAUAAGAGUGUGGAAGCCUUGGUUACAAGACACAUCUAUGCUUGAAAAUACAAUACCUAAAGAAGGAUACCAGUGCAGAAUAUCACCUGAUGGUUGUAUAAUUGCUGUGGGGAAACAAGAUGGCAGCGUUACAAUGAUCAAAGACUCCUCUACUGAAGUCAAUUCACUCCUACACUUAUGCAGACUUGCUGUCAGAAAGUCUUUUUCCCUGUCACUCUUACAAACCAUUGCAUUGCCCCCUCCCAUUAUGGAAUACCUUGCUUAUCGACCAUCUAUUGCUUGAACAGCUGAAUUUCGAAACUGAAUUUCUAAAGUUCCUGAUCACAUCCCACUUAUAACUUUGUGACGCUCCAAGAAGUUUGCUACAUGAUGACAAUCUUUUCACAUAACAAAGUUGUUAAUGCUAUCAUAUAUCAACUGUUUUUUUUUAUUUGUCACUCUUGAAAUGAUUUGUGUCUGAUUUUAUGCUUAGUUCUUGAUAUUUUAAAGAUAUUCAAAAUGUAUAAAGCCUUUAAAAAUACAGCAAAACUUUUAAAAAUGAGCAUUUAUUACUACGAGUACAAAAACUUGUAUUUUUCUAUAUAUACUUACAAAUACGGAACAGGUCCAGUAAAAUUUUAAAGUUAGGACAGAAAACGGAUUGGACGGAAUAAAGUUACAAAUAUAUUUACAAACUCACAGUGCUUUGUAUUGUGACAGUUUUGUUGGGCUACAAAUAAACAUUUAUGAAGAUAAAA